CGUCAUCGUCGGCGCGUCAGACCAGUCCAUCCACGGCACGCUGCGCCUCUGCCGCGACGCAGCCACCGCCGGCGGCGACGCCGUAUUGCUCAUGGUCCCCAGCUUCUUCAAGUGGGCCAUGGAUGCGCCGACCAUUGAGAGGUUCUUCCUCGCCGUCGCGGACGGUAGCCCACUCCCCGUCGUCAUCUACAAUUACCCCGCUGCCGUGGCGGGCAUAGACCUCGACUCAGACGUCCUGAUCAGACUGGCCCGUCACCCAAACAUCGUCGGGACCAAGUUCACCUGCGGCAGCGUCGGGAAGCUCGCCCGCGUGGCGGAGGCGACAUCCCCCGUGUCGGAGGCCUUCGCCUCGGAGUCGAGCAGCGGCAGCCGCCCUGGGUACUUUGCGUUCUCGGGUGUGGCGGACUUCAUCGCCCCUGCGGUGGAGGUGGGCAGCAGCGGGGCGAUCGUGGGCGCGGCCAACGUGUUCCCCCGCGCGUGCGUCAACGUGUACAGGCUCGCCGUGCAGGGCCGCAGGGAGGAGGCCAUGAGGGCGCAGCUGCAGCUCGCUAGGGCGGACUGGGAGCUCACGAAGCGGGCGAUACCGGGAUUCAAGGCCAUACUUGAGGAGUGGUGCGGGUAUGGUGGGGUGCCAAGGGGGCCUAUGCCGGCGCUGGGUGAGGAGGCAAGGGCGCAGUUGUUUGGUGAUAUUAGGUGGAUGAUGGAGCUUGAGGAGGGGCUGGAGGAUUUUGGAGUUAAAGAUACUAAUUAGUCCGUAGUAGACGGG